UAUGCUCUACGAUGCCAAAUAUGUAUUCUGUAACCAAGUGUGCUGUUCUUUAUGCCUUGAACGAAAGUUUGUGUCUGCAAACGGAUAUUUGUGAUACCCACACUUCGCAGACUCAAUAAAGAAAUGAAGGAGUUUGUUCUAAGAGGGAAGUAUCACCUUUUCUUAAAACCAGAGUUAACCUUAACUGUGAUUAUGUAUAUCUUAUGAACACGUUGGAGUGUCCAUGCUACUUUCAUUUCAACGCCCACAAGAGAUACAAAAACUAUUGUGUCUGUGUUUAACCCCAACUACAAACCCACCAGAGCAGACACACCCACGUCUGCUCUUAUCACAACUAAUGAAGAUGAGGAAAGACGUGGAAGGUUGUAAAUAAUAAAAUCAGUAAACAUCUCUGCUGAAAGAAAGGCAACCCGAUCUGACGCCAGAGAGCACAUUGCUGCAUUAUUUCGAAUUCAGCAAGAACUGUAAGAAAGGAGCGACGUGAUUGGUGGAGGUGGCUGUCCCCACUCACUCUGCAUUGUGACACUCUGCUUGUUACACACGCACAUACUGCGCACCCUGGAGCGCAGAGCUACUAAGCACAAACCAGCACCUCUUGAAGCAUUUUACAAGCUUUAAUUCAUUUUUUUCCAACGUCUUGGGUUUUAAACUGUGGUGGGUAGGAUACUUGUUACCGCUGCCUUGACCAGAGUGCUUUACUAUCUGCCCUUUAGCGUGGCACAGUGCAAACACAGUAUUUCUGCAGAGAACUAGACUGGGCUGGACUUUGGAACAGGCACCUCAUUCAAACAUCGGAACACGCACCUCAUUCAUCCAAAGACAUUGCUUGAAGGCUUUGGCUAAAGAAAUGCGAGCGGCUUUAUACAUCCGGACUUUAGCUUUUAUUUAAUUAUUAGACGCUUUUGGUCAGUGAAAGUUACCCCAGGAGACGUGAAAUUAAAUUAUUUAUUUACACCUCCGAAGCUUUGAUGAUACAACUAACAAGAUCGCAAAAUACAGGGACCUUUGUCUUCUAAUUAUUAAAAAAGUAACUGGAAACUACUGGUUAGUUUCAGUUAAGACUUAAGAGCUGAUGUUGACAGGAUUCUUUUAAGUCCUGUUCUGUAUGGUCCGCAGACCCAGUUUGUUUCAUGCAUCCAUAAACCACCCCGAGAGGAAGAGUCCCUGCACUGCGAGCGCAGUUUGCUGAGAGAAUGGAGAAGAAAAGCAUGGACAACUGCUUACGACGCCUGAAGCAGGAGCUGGUAUCCAUGAAGGAAGCUGGCGAUGGCUUACAUGACCAAAUGAAUUGCAUGAUGGGUGCACUACAGGAAUUGAAGCUUCUUCAGGUUCAGACAGCACUGGAACAGCUAAGGCUCUCUGGAGAUCCAUGUCACACUCUAGCAGUUAGCCAGCAUCAGCGAUGGUUAAAUGGCGGUGAGAGCUUGAGCACUGGAGAGGAGUCCACCAUGCAAAUGGAACGCACACUUGAUUCCGCAGAAUCAUUCACAUCUAUAAGCCCUGUGAAGCAUUCUGGGUCUCCUAAUUUUACAAAAUGUAUUGCAUCAGCUAGCACACCAGAACACAAGUGUGAAUCCACAUGUGAAAUUCUGGCCAGAAAUGGUUCUCUGAACUCUUGCUGUAGUUGCACAGCAGCCCAAUACAAUUUAUUGGAACCUGAAUGGUCACUAAAUUCAAGCUAUAGCAAACAGUAUCGGGAGGACAGUACUUACCACACCUUUUCUAGCAAUAACUCAGGAUACUGUGACUAUGAAAAUGAUGAUUCACGUGACUGGACAUGCUCCCUAAUGUCCCAGAGCAGAAAUCGCCAACCUCUUAUUUUAGGAGAUAAUAUCUUUGCAGAUCUGGUGGAAAAUUGGCUUGAUUUACCUGAACCAGAAAAAAAAUGUGAUUCAUAUGAUCAAUCAGCAAUCAGAAGGUCUCCAGAUUUCCACAAGAAGUUUUCUCUCACCACCAAUAUAUUUAAAAAGCUUUUACGCAGUGUUAGACCAGACAAAGAUAAACUUCUUAAGGAAAAGCCAGGCUGGUUACCUACAGAAGACCAAAGCAAUGAAAUAUACAAAAGACAUAAAAAGUUAAAUAAGAAAAAGAAAAAGUUUUAUUUUCCUUUUCAGGGAAAUUCCCAUGGUGUUCAUAAUAAAAGUGGAAAGUUCAAAGCAUCAGAAGAAAAACCUGACAACACUGUUGUUUGCACAAAAAUAGUGUACAAUUCUGUAGAAAAAGCACAACCAGUGUUUGAUAUGAAUACUGCUGUUUGGGUGUGAGAGAAGUCAAGAGAAACCACAUUUAUUCUCAGCUGAAAUGAGAUGGAUGUUUAUUUGCUCUGACCCCCUUCUGGUUAUCAUACUUAUCUCCCAGCCACCUUACUGACUCAUUCAUUCCCCAGGGAAAAGAGCCCCACAGCCCAUUUAUUUCUCCUGGGUUAAGAGGUAAGCACUUGCAGAAUGGUAGCAUGCGCCGCAAUAAGAAUGGGAUUUUUCUCUGUGCAUACACGUUCUGCAUUUGGGCAUGCAGUGGGCAUUGGAUGGGAGUAUCACUUGCUUCUACUGUGGCAUAAGUCUGCUGGACAACUUAACCCCUUUGAGGGAAAACAUCUACACUGUCUCCAGUCCCUGAUUAGGAGCCAGAAAUGAGCUCACAUUCCUGGGCAUACAUCCCCCCUUUCAUUCUGAGAGAAGUGACAAAUCUCAGUCUCUGCAUAUAUUCCUGGGCAUUAACCCCCUUCCAUCCUGACAGAAGUGACAAAUCUCAGUUUCUGCUUAUAUUCCUGGGCAUUAACCCCCUUCCAUCCUGACAGAAGUGACAAAUCUCAGUCUCUGCAUAUAUUCCUGGGCAUUAACCCCCUUCCAUCCUGACAGAAGUGACAAAUCUCAGUUUCUGCUUAUAUUCCUGGGCAUUAACCCCCUUCCAUCCUGACAGAAGUGACAAAUCUCAGUCUCUGCUUAUAUUCUUGGGCAUUAACCCCCUUCCAUCCUGACAGAAGUAACAUAUCUCAGUCUCUGCUUAUAUUCCUGGGCAUUAAUCCCCUUCCAUCCUGACAGAAGUGACGAAUCUGAGUCUGUCAUUCUUCUGCCACCCCAGAUGGCUCUUCCAGCACUUACUCUGGUAAAUGUUCCCUGGUCAUCUGGGCUGUUGUCAGGUUUGUACUACUAUAGGUUUACUGAUUUGGGGAUUUAUUUAUUUUUUUAACCUCAGAGUGACAAUGCCUAAUGCUCCACUUGUUCCAUUACAUCAAGAUCAGUCUCAAUACAUCUGUACAUCAAAACACCAUGUAGUACAGUGUCUGUUUGAACCAUAUGCUACCAGCAUCUCCUCUACAUACAUAUAUGCAUGGCUUACAGAAGGACAACCCCCUCAGUGGAUACUCAAACAGACAAAUGUUGCUCACACCCCUUGUCCUGCCUAGCUCAUUAAAUGCCAUAGUCACUGUUUGAAUUCAGUCAUCUGGGUCAUAGUCAAGGCUUAAUCCCUGUACUCUAAAGAAUCUGGCUGGUUUGAAUAUUUUUAAAGUAUUGCAAAAUAAGACAAGUGGAAUGUUACCUUAGCGGGGUGAUUACACUUUUUGCAAGGUAUAAGUCUUAAGGCAAGUUUCAGAUAUCAGAGAAAAAUGCAGAUACUUAGACUCCUGACAUGUCAUUUACCUUCUUACCCCACUAGCCCCCACACUUCACUCAAUACCUUUCCAAGGCUGCAUGUAUAUCUGUGAUGGAAUAAUGAAUUAUUCUUGGAGCAUGGACACCCCUUCCAGCAACACAUCUCUAGUUUUCCUCAUUAUGAAUAUGCGUGCCAGUAUAGCCACUAAGAUAUUUUUAUAAAAUGGUCCCAAGCUUUGAGCAGGUUUGUUUGUGAAAAGAAUUCUGCAUGGCAGAAAUGGAAAAAAAACUUUUUUUUUUCUCUUGAGUAAGGUGCCUUUUGGCUUUCUGUUUUGUUUUGUUUUUUUUGGGGGGGGGUUAAAAGCCUGGCUAUUUUCCCCACUCAGAAUGUCUGCCCUACUUUCAUUUUUAGAGUAUAGUAACUAGCAUUCACUUUUAUCUGUGCUGGUCUCCAGUGACUAUAUGGUAUUGCAACUUUGGAUUUGGAAACAGCUCACCAUUUAGAGCUUUUCUUUUUAGUUUUGAGAACAGCUUAAUACACUUGGUUCUGCCACUCAGAUCUUUUCCAUUAGUUAAAAAUCAAAUAUGGAAAAGAAAAGAAAUAUAUAAAACAUGCCAUGUUCAUCAUUCUGACAGCACAUAUAUGUUUUGCCACAAGACUGGCGAUAUUUGUAAUACACAAAACAAAUGAAAACCAUGCAACUCCAGUGAAAGUCCAGUUCACAUCACAAAACACAAACUCAGAUAGACAGUGUUGAAAAUAGCAGUUUACCUUGUACAGUUUGUAUAGUAAUACAUCGUAGCAGUUUACCUUGUACAGUUUGUACAGUAAUACAUCGUAGCAGUUUACCUUGUACAGUUUGUAUAGUAAUACAUCGUAGCAGUUUACCUUGUACAGUUUGUAUAGUAAUACAUCGUAGCAGUUUACCUUGUACAGUUUGUAUAGUAAUACAUCGUAGCAGUUUACCUUGUACAGUUUGUAUAGUAAUACAUCGUAGCAGUUUACCUUGUACAGUUUGUAUAGUAAUACAUCGUAGCAGUUUACCUUGUACAGUUUGUACAGUAAUACAUCGUAGCAGUUUACCUUGUACUUUUUGUACAGUAAUACAUCGUAGCAGUUUACCUUGUACAGUUUGUAUAGUAAUACAUCGUAGCAGUUUACCUUGUACAGUUUGUACAGUAAUACAUCGUAGCAGUUUACCUUGUACAGUUUGUACAGUAAUACAUCGUAGCAGUUUACCUUGUACAGUUUGUACAGUAAUACAUCUUAUGUACCAUACUGUUGUAGUAUAUACUUCAUGCCUUAAGAAGAACACACACAAUACGAGUUUAUAAAUGAGCUUGCAAAUGAGGAUUGCUGAUUUUUUGUUACAGAAUGGUUUAUACUUAUGUUACUGGGAAGAACCGAGUUCUUCAAUUAUUGACCCUUGAAGGGUGCUUAAUAAUAGUACAAUGUUGACUCUUCCAGCUCACUAUAAAUCCAUGAUUUUUCCACAGAAUGAUGCUACUACAUGCAGUAAUCUGUAAAAGCACAACAUCUCAGCUGUAAAACUGUUUGACUUUUAUUUCAGGACACUUAGCAAAAGAAACAUUCCAAGAAAUAAUACUCCUUAAAGUGAGCUUCUCUGAGACAAAAUUUUUUGCUUAAUGUAAAAAGAGUAUUUUGUCUGAAAAUAAUAAUGUAUUUUAUGUAAAUGCAACUGACUAGAAAAUGAAUAUUACAAUUGCCACUGCAGAUUUUUAAACAAUGUUAAAAAAUGAUGACGUAGUAAGUUUACUUCACUGUGAUGGUCACAGGAUCAAGCAGUUGGUGUUAUAUUACUAGUCAUAAAAAGUAGCUCAGGUUUUUAAAACUGGAGUGUACAAAGUAAUUUACUUUUACAGUCAAUCCACUGGUUUUAAGCUGUAAAUAAAACAAAUUAUUUCAAA